ACCAGCAAGGAAGAAGUGAGAGCUGCUUCAAUGGAGGCCAUCAAGAGCUUGAAGUUCUACUGGCGCCGAAGAGCCUACCAGAGAUUAGAGGACGUGCCGGCAAGCAAGAAGCUUGCGGUUGUAAGGCUCGGAGCCGGCCAAAAAAGCUGGCGGCGGUCAUGGAAGGCGGUGGCGGUGAGGCCGGCGCUGAGACUGAAGAGACUGAUUGUUCUGGCUUCACCAGGGAAACUACUGGCCAGGCUGAGGGACGCUUAUAUGAACGGUAUGCUGAUGCUCGCCGGAGGUGCGGGUGCUGCUGCGAGGAAGAACGGGGCGGUGUGGGAUCGCCGGAUUCCGAGGGCGAGGCAUGGAAGUUUGAGAGGCGGAGACUUCGAGAAGAGAUUGAUGAUUCAUCUUUAUAACUCUGUUAUCGCUACUCGGUAGCUCUUAAUUUAAUUUUUGACUGCUGUUAUACUUAGAGGAAUCACAAAAUUGUUUGUGAAACUAUGAAUGAAAUUUUGUUUAGUCUAUUCAGUUUGUUUGAAACAGUUCUUAAUCAAUUGUUGAUCUUUUUCGUUCAUAA